AUGUGGAUGUCUGCGGAUGUCACGGCGUACUGUCCGAACGGCUGCAAUGCGCAAGGAACAUGCGGAAAGAACGAUAAGUGUACAUGCUAUGAGCGACAAGACCAAGAGACUCCAAGUAUCAAAUAUCCAGCAUAUAAAGGUGCUGAUUGCUCGCUGCGUACAUGUCCGUAUGGCGAUGCGUGGGUUCAAGUCCCGACUGCCGCGAAUACAGCGCAUUCAUUAACUGAAUGCUCAAAUCAAGGGAAUUGUGACUAUGUCACUGGACAUUGCAUGUGUUUUCCAGGAUAUGGAGGCAAAGCCUGUGAACGAGCCGAGUGUCCAAAUGAUUGCAAUAGUCGGGGUAUUUGCCUCACCCUCGCUGCUAUUAUAGCUGGGAGUCCUAAUGUUUUGGCAGCAUACACUGCGUGGGAUGCUAAUAAGCAUAUGGGAUGUUACUGUGACCAAGGAUAUCGCGGACCUGACUGUUCUCUCAAAGAAUGUCCGAGCGGUGACGAUGUUUUACUUGCCUUUGGGCAGAGUCAGGGACGUGACUGUGGAGGACGAGGCAAAUGCAACUAUGAGUCGGGUGAAUGCGAAUGUUUUCCGGGUUAUUAUGGGACUGCGUGCGAUUCGCAAACUACCGUGAAUUAA